UUCAAAUCUAUAUGGUGUUAUUUAGCAGAUUUUGCACUUGCGUUGCUUUCAUCGAUAUUGCGUUGCUCGUUCAGAAGAGGAGACAAAUUGUCAGUUAUAGGCUACAUGUUAAUAUCUAAUAAUCGCUCGACUGGAAACCCUAUCAAAACAGUUAACCCUAUUGUUGGCUUCGGCGGACAUCUGUGUCAAAUCGAGCUCGAGUUGUUUUGUUGGAUGAAACAGAUUUGGGAUAAAUUUUGCUGCUGUCAUCAUUGCACAGUGUGCAUCAGGGCUCCGAAAUCUGAGCAUCCUCCUUCGGAAGGUACAAUUGCGUCCGCUAUGCACGUUCUCGUUGCUUUGCAAUAAUUCAGAAGAUCCGCAGUUGAAGGCUGGGACGACAAAAACAUACGGAAAGAGGAUGUUUUGGAUGUGAAAAUAAAGAGAUAAACAGGCAAGAUGGGGAAAGAUCAGGAAUUGCUACAAGCAGUGAAGACUGAAGACCUUAUUACGGUGCAGAAGCUCUUGCAGAGGCCCAAACCUGGAAAAGCAAAGCUGCUGGGUUCUGCCAAGAGGGUGAACGUCAACUUCCAGGAUACAGAUGGGUUUGCCGCGCUCCACCAUGCCGCGCUCAACGGGAACAUGGAGCUCAUUUCCCUGCUGCUGGAGUCCCAGGCCACCGUGGACAUGAAGGACCAGAAAGGAAUGCGCCCGCUCCACUACGCUGCCUGGCAGGGGAAGUCGGAGCCCAUGAAGAUGCUCCUGAAAUCGGGGUCCUCGGUGAACGGGCAGUCUGACGAGGGCCAGAUCCCCCUGCACCUCGCGGCACAACACGGGCACUACGACGUGUCGGAGAUGUUGCUCCAGCACCAGUCAAACCCAUGCAUUGUGGACAAUGCUGCCAAAACCCCUCUGGACCUGGCCUGUGAAUUUGGUAGAGUGGGCGUCGUUCAGCUGUUGCUCAGCAGUAACAUGUGCGCCGCCCUUCUGGAGCCUAAACCCGGCGACGCCACUGACCCCAACGGCACCAGCCCCCUGCACCUCGCCGCCAAGAACGGUCACAUCGACAUCAUCAGGCUGCUGAUCCAGGCCGGCAUCGACAUCAACCGGCAGACCAAGUCAGGCACUGCCCUGCACGAGGCGGCACUGUGUGGCAAGACUGAGGUGGUGCGGCUGCUCCUGGAUAGUGGCAUCAACGCGGGGGUGAGAAACACUUACAGCCAGACGGCGCUGGACAUUGUCAACCAGUUCACCACCACUCAGGCCAGCCGGGAGAUCAAGCAGAUGCUCCGGGAUGCUUCUGCAGCCCUGCAGGUCAGGGCUCUGAAGGAUUACUGCAACAACUAUGACCUGACCAGUCUCAACAUAAAGGCAGGCGAUGUCAUCACGGUGCUGGAGCAACACCCUGAUGGCAGGUGGAAGGGCUGUAUCCAUGACAACCGCACAGGAAAUGACAGAGUGGGCUACUUCCCCUCCAACAUGGUGGAGGUGAUCAGCAAGAGGGCAGGUUCAUGGAACACAGUCAUUUGUACCCAACAGUAUCAAACGAUACAGCUCUGUGCGCCGGCGUGCGGCCCUGCCGCCGUGGUGAACGGGGACUCUUACCAUCAGAUCCAUAUCCUGCCGCCUCCUCCACCUCCGCCACCACAUUCCCAUCAGCCACUUUUCACUUCCUUUGGCUAUAACAGGUCCCUGAGCACCUCAGAAGAGCUGCACUGUGCAAAAGGUUCCAGAGGUUCUGAGUCCAGCCCCCAUGGCUCCCCCACCCCAGCCAGCGCCACCAACGAGGAAAUCUGGGUGCUGCGCAAGCCCUACGCAGGUGGAGACCGCAGCAGUAUGGGCAGCUCUGGCAGCGUGGCCAGCGCACGGUCCUCUGGGAGCGGGCAGAGCGCCGGCACCAAUGCACACAUCCUGCACGCCCAGGCCGAGGGCGUCAAGCUCCUGGCCACAGUUCUCUCUCAGUCUGCAAAGGCCAAGGAACACCUGCUGGAGCAGUCAAAAUCCCUGGAGCAGUCCACAGGCUCCUCCUCGCGCUCCCAGAGUUCAUCCAGCUGCCCCUACCAUGAGCCACCAGUGUCACAGAGGAAGGGGGAGAUGCUGCCUGAUGGAAAGAGCUCAGAGGCUGUUAUCCAAUGGCUGAGCGAGUUUCAGCUGCAAGUCUACGCUCCACACUUCAUCAGCGCGGGCUAUGACAUUUCCACCAUUAGCCGAAUGACCCCCGAGGACCUGACUGCUGUUGGAGUGACCAAGCCAGGACACCGUAAGAAGAUGACCUCAGAGAUUAACAAGCUGAGCGUCACAGAGUGGCUCCCGGACCAAAAGCCUGCAAACCUGGGAGAGUGGCUGUCUAUGAUUGGACUUACCCAAUAUUACCAGACUCUGGUCCAAAAUGGCUAUGAGAACAUUGAUUUCAUCACUGACAUCACCUGGGAGGAUUUGCAGGAGAUUGGAAUUACCAAACUGGGGCACCAGAAGAAGCUGAUGCUGGCUGUGAAGAAGCUGGCAGAGAUGCAAAAAGCAUCAGAGGGGCGAGGCUCUCUGCGCAAGAAGGUGCCCCAUGGCCAGGAAGUGAUCGAGAGCCCUCCCCAUGACAGCGCCGAGUGCAUGUCCCCCAAAAGCUUCCAGGACGGUGAGCCGAGCAACGAGCCGCAGACGGCCACAAACCGUGGCGGUGAGGUGCAGGAGGGGUCAGAGGUCAGGUCGGGCGGUGGUCAGAUGUCCCAGCGGGCAUGCAGCAUGCAGGAGAACAGUCUCGGGAAGAGCAGGGACGGGGACGAGGUCAGCGGCCCGCCUAGGAAGGAGGCCAGAACCUCGCGGCAGGGCAGCCACGCCCAGGGAAUGCAGAGGUCCGGCGUCCCACCUCCACUGGGCAAGCCGCGGCAGUCCUUUCCCCCAGGGGCAGGACCCCCUUACACUCCGCCACAGACUCCCACCAAGGCCAAGCCCUCCUCCCCGCAGACCAUGGGGCCUCCGCAGGCCCCUGCCAAGGCCAAGCCCAGCCCACAGCUGCUGGCCCAGACGGAGCGGCCCAUGUCCCCCCGCUCCAUCCCACAGUCCCCCACACACCGAGGCUACACCCACGUCACACCACAGCCCGCGGAGACCGUAGAGGCCCCACCGGCCGUCUCGGUGCCCCUGCUAUGCCUGCCUCCGGAGGGGGACGAGCCAGAGAUGGAACAGGGCCUGCCCAAGAAGCGCGCGCACAGCCUGAGCCGCUACGCCACGCUGGAGUACGAGCGGGACCGCAGCGAGCUCAUGGUCCCCGACACCACCAAGUACGCCACCAUGCAGGCGCGGGUCAGCCGCAGCAACUCCUCCCGGGGCCAGGCGGACAAGAACGUCAACCGCAGCCAGUCCUUCGCCCUUCGGCCCAAAAAGAAGGGGCCCCCACCCCCUCCGCCCAAGCGCUCCAGCUCCACCAUCUCCACCACCAACCUGGACGACGACGCCAGAGAAGGUGGAGAAGACCUGCUGGCCGUCAACUACCACGAGCGGCGGCGAGCGAGCGACUUCGGCGGCAUGGUUGACACGGGGAGCGCGGGCAGCGUGAAGAGCAUCGCCGCCAUGCUGGAGAUGUCCUCCAUCGGGGGCGGGCCCAAGGCCCUGGCCCUGCAGAGGUCCUUGUGUGGCAGUGGCUGUUACCUGCAGGUCAGCCCAGUCCAUGGGAAGCACCGUGACGGCAUCGGGCUGGACGGGGAGGUGGUCAACCGCCGCAGGACGAUCAGCGGCCCGGUGACCGGCCUGGUGACGGCCGCUCGGAGAGAGCGGGGCCCCAGGGAGCCUGAGUCGCCGCGGGACAGACUGGCCCCAGAGCCGCUUCCCAGCUCCGCCAACAGCUCCGCAGAGAACCUGCCCUUCGCCGAGGAUGGCAACCUCACCAUCAAACAGAGGCCCCGGGGCGGGGGGGAACAUGAUGGCCUGCCAGACUGCAUCUACUCCCUGCCUCAGGAGGAGCUGUCCCGCAUGGAUGCCACAGCGACGCUCAAGAGGAGGGUCCGGCCCAAGCACCACCCGGAUGGCGUCAAGUUCCAGCUCAUCGAGUCCAACACCGUCAAGCGCCGGCCCAAAAGCAAGGACAAGGACUCGUUGGAGGUGCAGGAGUUACCGCCCUACCAGAACGGCACCAGCACGGUGAAGAGAAGGCCGGUGUCGGACAUGAGCGGCAUGGAGCAGCCCCGUCACCAGGACAACGGGGAAGGGCCCCCCCGCAGGGACAGUGCCGACUUCGGCUCUCAGGCCGUCCAGGCUGAAGCCCGUAGGCCCAUCAAGCCCCCGGUGUCCCCCAAACCUGUCCUGGCCCAGAUGAAGAAGCAGGGCCCCCCAACAGCCUCCACCAAGAGGGUCCCUAUCCCUGGGCCGGGAGGCACCAGCAGCCCAGAUGUGAAACGGGGGCCGCCUCCAAUUUCACCAAAACCCAGUCCUCCUCCCACGGCUCCCAAACCGGCCAAAGUUCUGCAGAACAUCAGCGUGACCCCGCCGUCCACUCCCAACCCCGGCAAACAGGUCGCCGGUACACCCCCUUCGCUGUCUGCCAGGCCCCACACUCCCCCGACCCCCCAGACCCCUGGGACCCCUCAGACUCCUGGUUCCCUCACGCCUGGCCCCACACCCCCGCCGGUGAAGCCCCCUCGCUCGUCCAUCAGCGGGGUGUCUGUGGAGAUCGCAGGGCCAGUGGAGGCAGCACAGCAGAAGCUGGAGGAGACCAGCGCCUCCCUGGCUGCUGCCCUGCAGGCUGUGGAGGAGAAGAUCAAGCAGGAGGAUGGGCAGAAAGACUCGGUAGCCGAGGACAAGAGCACGGUGAGCAUCUUGGAUGACAUCGGCAGCAUGUUCGACGACCUGGCCGACCAGCUGGACGCCAUGCUGGAGUGAAGAGCACAGUCUGCGCCACUGCGGCACAACCUCAGGGCUCCGCCAGGGCAGAAGGGCACAAACGAAACAACUGCAGCACCCCUCUUGCUCCCCUCUGGCCUCUCUGCUCCCCGCAACCUCUCCAGCUCCACAAUAGCAACCUCUCCUCAAGCCGCUCCUUCUCCCUCCCCCCUCCUCCAUUUUGAGUUGCACAGUUGACCAAGUUCUCUAAUCCCCAGGAGAAUUACCUCAAGAUUGGCCAAAAGCAAAGCGAGAGAGACAACAGAAGCAGAGGCAGAGGGUUGGCGAGUGAGUUUUGCAGCAGAAAACCUUACAAUCAUUUUUUUUUCUUCUUCCAUUGGAUUAUUCAAGCUAUUGUAAAAAAAAUAAAAAAUAAAAAAUAAAUAAUAAUACAAAAUGAUACAGUACAAUACUAUGAUAUGUGUAAAUUGUAAGCAUGAAGAAAGUUUAUAUCUUAAAAAAAGUCCCAUAGUGAGAAUAAUACAUUAGUCAGUACAGUGAUAUACAUAUAUAUAAAUAAAUUAUUUUUAUUUGACUUUUUUGCCAAAUAGUAUAAGUGUGGUUAUGAGUCAGCUGUUUGGAAAAGACGGACUCUUGAUGACAAAAUAUGAAUUUUUACUUGACCAAAUUGGGACAAAAAAAAAAACACUUUGAGACUGUGUAACGUGUGAAAGUGAGUUUUGGUUUCUCGUGUCUGUGGAUGACCCUUGUGUUGUGAGCUUGACGUGGGCUUCCAUGUGGCUGCACAUCUAGCUGGAGGGCCACCGGUGGAGGGGUUACUCCUCAAUGCAGAAACGUCCAGGUUCUCGCCAAUCAGAGAGCUGUCUCCGUACAUUCCGUGAUCCUGUUCCUUCGCUGCGGGGAACGUACGCAAGCACAGCCCCCCCUCGUCCACCUGCCCCUCCGGUGCCCGUGGGCCUUGGCCAGGGACCUCAGCGGUGCUAUCCCACAACCCCUCCAAAUUAACGGGUCCACUCGCAGAUAUGGCCAGAGAACUGCACACAUCUUACUUGAGUUGGCACAAGUUAUUUGGUCUAAAGUAGACCAACGGCAAGCUGUUGCAGGGCUUGCACGUCUCAGACCACACGAUGUGGUUCACACACACACACACACACACACACACACACACACACACACACACACACACACACACAUAUAUACUGAACUGUAGCUUAGUUUGAGUCAGUUACAGCAGCACAUUGCCCAAAAUUCACAAUGAAAAGCCAGGCAUACAUGGUAGCCCAGGACAAGCACAAAGACGACUCUCCUUGUCACCUUUUGAGCAAAGAGGUGCGUAGGGCCAACGGCUCCCCCUGCUGGUGCUGUAAGGAGCACCCCCUGGGCAAGACGGACUGCUCCAGCUGAACACGUGCCCAGUGCCAACACCUGACAGGUUUCAACAUGACUGUUUUAUAGUGGUAUACUGCUUCUAAAAUGGCGCAUAAAGAAAACAAAUAGUCAAUUUUCAUAGUGACAAUAGUCAUUUUCCUUCAUUUGGUGAUUUGGCAUUCCUGCUUGAAUUGUAAAAGACUGGUUGUUCCGGCUCACGCUGCCACGCUGUGUUUGAUUCCGGUUCCCAUUUCCGUCCAUGGUGGACCCCUGUAGGUGUUGUUUUUUGCGUGUGUAUGUGUAUGUGUGCCAUUUUUGUGAGAGUGCCGUGUGUGUCUCGUGCUCAUCAUAUGAACAGCACUUGAAGGCUCGUGAAAUAAAUGUGGAUUUUUUUUUUUUUAAAUGAGCUGUAUUUGAACUACAAUGCAAAGUGUUUUAAAAGUGUUUUUUCCUGUCUUCGUACAUCAAAGGCACAAUUAAGGAGCGUUUGAGAGAUGUUUUAUACUUCACCAGUGUUAACAGCUGUACAAGUCAGCAGUGAUCCUUAAACCAAAAUGGUUGCAGAAAGUGUCAAACGGGAAUCAGUUUUAGUACGCAGGGGCUAAAAGUGCAUUUAUAUUUUAGGUCAUUGCUGGCAGUACAGUUGAUUUGAAACUUGCUCAUCAUUGACAUGUCUGCUGUGACACCUUCAAUCACCAGCAACGAGACUGAUGCUUGAUGUUCACAUCGCAGCAGAAUCCUACAUGUGAUAGAAAGAGGUGCUAAUUGUCAUUUCUUGACCAACCCCAUUCUCGAUAGCUUCUGUUGGACAAGGUAACUUUGCUCUGGUAAUUUUAUGUCAUCAUCCCUGACCUAUGUGUUGAUGGUGCAGGUGUGCAGUCCAUGGGGCUGGUUUUUAGAUGGGUCCAAAUGGAGUAGCCUCUCCCACACUGCAAUGUGCUAUAAGCCCUUUUUACAGAAGUGGAUUUAUUUUGGAUGCCCACGAAUCAACCCUUAUCAACCACUACCCUGUUUGGUUUCCAUUUCCAUUCCAAUUGCUAAUCUCCCUUAUUGUGAUGCCCUGCAUUGAGAGGUAUAACUGCAGCAAUAUUGAAGGGGGAUUUAAACAGAGCAGAGGCUGACAAGUACAGGCACUGCUGUACACAGGGCUAGAAGAGGAAAGAUGGAUGACUCAGAGACAUUUGAAUGGAAGAGUAGAAUACCCUGUGAUCACCUCCCCAUCUUGUCAAUAAUACUGUUAAUCCAACUGCUUUUGUGGUUGUCAUAACUGUCUGCCACAUACCUUUUUCUCACAGUUUGCUUAUCUCUGUAACUGUAACUGUCAGAAUCCUUACAGAUACUAUAUCUCUAGAAUUAUUUUGUUGUUUUAACCCUCCCCCCCCCCCCAUUGCCAUGACAAUCUCUGUGAUGAUUCUGACCGAGCACUGCCGCUGUAUCCAAGAGAUGAGAGGUGUUACACUGAGGGCCAAGGAGACUUGUUGCAAACCUGAUGAAAUAUUUCAAAAUCAAGAAUAUUUAGUUAUGGAUUUCAUAAAUAUUUUUGUUAAAAUGCAUAUCUUGUUUUUCUUACAUUGAUGAAGCUGUCUUGCUUAAGCCACCAACCAUUUAGACCUGCUCUUUAUUCUACCUUUAGCUAUGAAAUAAAUAUUUAAUAUAAUUUAAUUUAAUAAUAUAAUAAUCUAUAAAUUCAUGAAAUAUUUCAUAACAUUUAAUCUGGAAAAACUGCAUUUAUUUAAACUCACUUGUAGAACUCAAAAUGAUUAAGAAUUGCAAUUUUUAUAAGCUGUAGGUUCCAAAAAAUAAGACCAUUGUAAAAUAUAAUUUUCUAUUCAUGAUGGUUCAUUUGCAGAUGUAUGUCCAGCAUACAAAAUUUUACGUGUUCUCAUUUAGAUUAUUUUAAUCUGCAUUUCACGUGAGGUUCCUUUUUUUUUAUAUACAUGUGCCUUUGUUUUAUCAAAAAAAUAUUGUUUUGAGAGGGUUUCUGUGCAUUCCAUAACAGUAGGAAGCAAUGUACAAAAGUCACAUAUAGAAAUAUUUUGAUCAGUUACAGUUUCCAGGAAUGCUUGUAGGAAUUCCAGUUUCCAGGAAUUUGCUAAAUUAAGAUCUCCUGUUGGCCAUUAAAGUACAAUAGAGUGACCUUGCGCUGCGUUAUGGAAACACAGGGGACUGCUCUUCCCAUGAGUCUGUUGGGCUCCCCUCCAUUGUGCAAAAGCUAUGCACCCUUGUGUUGGUCCUGUGCUCAGAUCCGUCUGUAUAGCUGGAUGUUUUUGUGGUGACGUAAGAUUUUUUUUUUUUCCUUUUCCUAAACAUGUUUUUCCAUGUAGUUUUUUUUAGUCAUAGUAUUCAUUUAUUUCCUGAAAAUAAAUAGAAAAUAGAAUCUUAAAAUUUAUUUAAGAAAAUGAAAUAUAUUAAAGAGCAAGGUACAUCUUUAAAAAAUUUAAAAAGUUUUAUUUUUAUCCUCUACAUACACACAAAAAAGCUGAAGAAAAACCUAGGAGAGCUCCAUAUAAGCAGGCUGUAUAUUGUGUUGACAUUCUGCCAUUGACUUGUAUGAUAACUGCUGUGACUGGCAAUGGGACAGUGCUGUUGACUGCAUCAACAGCCAUCUGCUCUAAAUAAAUGUUAUAUACGAA